CGCCCGGCUCCGGCGGCCAAUCGGCGGCCGCAGACGGCGGGGGCGGCGGGCGCUGACCUCUGGCGGCUCGGCGGCGCGGCCCGGGGACGACCGGCGCCUUCCCCGCGAGGACAACAUGGGGUUCGUCUUCUCCAAGUCCAUGAACGAAAACCUGAAAGCUCAGCGGGAGUUUAUGCUUAUGAACUCGCGGCUGCAGCCGAUUCACCACAGCCCUGGAUCUCAUAACUUUCUGGAAGUCUGUGUUAACGAGUUGCAGAGAUCUACAGCUCAAGCCUGUCACAUGGCCUUGCUAAAUGCUUUUAACGUGGUUGAGUGCAUAAGAGGAGGUUCCAAAUCUCAGGGCAUGUACAUUGGAGUAUUUAUUGUCAUGAGCUUGGCCUUGUUGUUGAACAAGGCCCGUUCAGCUUCUGCAGUUCAUGACAAGAGUUCAAGGAGGAAAGGAAGUAUCAGCAGUGAAGCAGAAAACAUAUUGGACACGCAGAGUGCUUUGCUAGAACCACCAAAGGGACCACUCACUUUUGAAGACCUGGAAAAAAUCAGAAGAUCUCAGAGCAAAUUCUUCAUAGAAAAAUAGGAGGAUGGUGUUGAAGUUUAGUAUCUGAAUUGUAAUUGUAAUGGUGUUUUGGGACUUAGAUGGAUCAUUAAAAUAUUGAGAAAAUUAAGUGUUUUAAGUGAAAAGUAAAUCAUUUUUAAAAAAUCAGUACAUUCUAAAGCAAUGAUUUUCAUACUGGAUGUAGCUCUUGAAAAUAUCCAUUGUUACGGUAGUAUAUUUUUCUUGUUUAGAGUGAAAUACUGAAUUUCCAGUGUCUAUUGAGUCUGAAAAUAACUUUCACCUGUAGUAAAAAUGUGUGGUGCUGACCAAACUGAUUAUAAUCGACAAAAAUAAGUUAAUUGGUAGUUACAAAUUUGUAGAAAUAUGAUUAUAAUUUUCAAAUAUAUUUGAAGAUGCAGAGAUCAAUUUGAAGUCAGGAAUAGACAGUCAGCUUCUUAGAAAAACAAGACGCUUUUUAGUUGCUGUUCUUUAGGCAGUGAACUCACCAUCUCUGCUUCAAAUUCUGGAAUAAACAGCUUUUAUCAGAAGUAGGUUCAGAAGUAAACACGUCACUCACUAACUGUGUGUUUUACUCUUAAGAGAAACUGUAUUAAAGUAUAAGCAGAGAUAAUUUCUGAAAAAGAGAAAACAAAUUAUGUAGCUAUUUCCUGAAUCUUUUUCAUGCUUGUUUGACAUUCUGAAACUCAGGAUAAUUUGUUUACAUGAAAUCAGAGUUUCACUACUAAGAUGAAUAUUAACAUAGACUAGCAGCAAGCAAAACUAUUAAUGUAUGUUUUUGUAAUGGGUACAUCCAAGGGGCCUUACAAGUACUGAAAAACUGAGGGAGUUUUGCAUGCCUUUACUGUAGCAUGAAAUAUACUGAGAGAGAAUAUAAUUUUAGUGUAUUUUAGUAUUCUGAUGUUAUACUUGGUAAAAAAUGCAACAUUCUGUAUUGGAAAUCAUGUUUAAAAAUGGAUUUUGCUGUGUGUUUUGGAUGCAAACUCUUCUAGCAUUAAUCUAAUUGUGGGGAUUAAAACAAAUGCCCAAAAAGUAUCCAGUAAAGAAUUAAGCCAG